AUGCACCUGCCGUGUAACAUUUUAGCCAGCGUCCUCCUGCUUUGCAACUGGGUCACCAAGGGUAUGGCCUCUGAGAUGCUCAAGGACACCUUGGGCAUCCUGGAUCAUGAUGUCACCCUAGACUUCCCUGGCUUGAAGAUGGACACGUCGAUCAGUGAUAUCCGAUGGUACAAAGGAGAAACCAAGACCAGGAUCGCGCUCCUGAAAGACCAGAAGCGUACCUCGCAAAAGGAGUACGAGCUGCUGCAAAAUGGAUCUCUGAGGAUCAAAAACCUGACGGCAGAUUUUAAUGAUAUCUACAAGGUUGAAGCCUACGACGCGAAUGGGAAAAACUUAAUGGAAAGCAAAAUCCGUCUGACAGUUCUGGAGAGGGUCUCCGUGCCAGUGAUCUCUUGGAAUUGUGUCAACAGAACUCUCACCUGUAAGGUAAUGAAAGGAAGUGAACCUGAACUCCAACUGCUUCAAAAUGGGACAGUCGUCAAAAGAAAGGAUCAGCAGAAGGUCAUCACAUUCGUCUGGCGCAGGAACCAGGACACAUCAUUCACCUGCACAGCGAGCAACAAAGUCAGUAGUGAAACCAGCGUGGCCGACAUCAGCUGCACAGAGAAAGAUCUAAAUCUCUACCUCAUCAUCACCAUCAUCGGGGGAGGGGUCCUCCUCUUCCUGUUGUUGGCUCUGCUCAUUUUCUGCAUCGGCAAGAAGAAAAAGCUGCGCAGUAGGGGCGUCGAUGAGGAGCUGGAGAUAAGGACCCACAGGGGAGCCCCCGAAGAAAGAGUGCGGAAGCCCCCCCAGACUCCCGGCUCUGCGUCUAAAAUGACAGCAGCUUCCCAACCUCCUCCACCCCCGGGUCACCGGCCCCAGGCACCCAGUCACCGUCCCAGGCCUCCUGGCCACCGGAUCCAGCACCAGACGCCAAAGAAGUCUUCUCCUCUGCCGCCAGGCACACAGGUUCACCAGCAUAAAGGUCCACCCCUCCCCAGACCCCGAGUCCAACAGAAACUGCCCCCGGGGGCUGCCGGAAACUGAUAACUCUGUCUCCUGAAAGAGGUGACUGCGUCCUCAGAUGUACAGAUGAUUCCAGAAACCCACCCUGUCCAACA